ACGCAGGUGCCUUGGCCUGAAGCCUUUUAUUUUUAACCCUUUAAGCUCUAACUACAGAAAUAAAUAAAUGAAUAAAACAGAAAUCCGAGCGUAACUUCAUCGUUUUAAAGAACAUGGCGCCGCAUUAUUCAUUAUGAGUUUCAAGACGGCUUUUAUUGCAGUGGGCGGGUUUUACAGUCAUAAGGAAACCCGGUUUCAGCUAUGACUGAAGGACCACGUUACGAUGCUACUUGGAGGAAAUCUAGUCUUAAUUUUCUUUCUUGUAACACGUGGAGGAUCCUUUCAGAAAGGUUUAGCAGAACCAAUAAAAACAGAGAAGUCUGUGUUAGCAGCAGAGGGAGAAGAUGCUCCUCUCAGCUGUCAGCUCCUGGAAACUAAAAAUGUCCAACAGGUCACCUGGCAGAAGAUCUUGGAGAACACAGAGAGGAACAUCUGCACCUACAGCGAGUUUUUUGGUGAAACUGUGGAUCCUGACUUUAAAGAAAAGGUUCAGUUUACAGAAGUUGGACUGCAGAAGUCGUCCAUAGUUAUUAAGAGUGUUACAGAGCAGGAUGAAGGAUGUUAUCUCUGUUUGUUCACCAUCUACCCUGAUGGAGCUCUGACAGCUGGGACCUGUCUAAUGGUUUAUGAGCUGCAUGAACCCAUCCUUGAUGUCAGAAAAUCAAACUCUCCUGCAGAGUCAGUUGUGUCCUGUUCAGCCACAGGUCGACCUGCUCCCUCUGUAACACUGACUGUUCUCCACCAGAACCUCAGCUUCUCCCAGUACAACUCCACCAGUGUGACCAACAGCAACGGUACGGUCACCAUCACCACCACAGCUCUGCUGUCAGCUUUCAGCAGCACAGAGGUUGGAUGUUCAGUGUCAGUUCUCUCUGCUGCUCCCAGAGAGCUGCUGGUCACCGUUCCUGGACUCACAGAGACGUCUGAAGAUGGGUUGGAUAAACAGACUGGAUCAUCUGACAGACGCUCCAGAUGGCCUUUAAUUAUUCCAUUCAUAAUGAUGAUGAUGAUGAUGAUGGGUGUCAUUUUUAUCUUCCUGCUCAGAAAAGGACUUCAGAGGAGGAAUAAUAAACAUUCCCAGGAUGCCACAGGCAACCAGAAGCCAGACAGCUCAGCGGUGUCAGACAACAAAGAUCUCAGACUACGAACCUCAGAAAGACAAAAAUAA